UCUCAAACAAUUGUGCAAAGGCAAGACAGUCAGAGUGAACCAGCUAAAACCAAACAGGCCAAAAUGGGAAAGAUCAUUUUCUACGAGGACAGGAACUUUGGAGGUCGCCACUAUGAGUGUAUGAGCGACUGUACCGACCUCAGCUCAUACUUCAGCCGCUGCAACUCCUGCAGGGUGGAGAGUGGCUGCUUCAUGCUGUAUGAGCGUCCCAACUACAUGGGCCACCAGUACUUCCUGAGUCGUGGGGAGUACCCGGACUACCACCGCUGGAUGGGCAUGUCUGACAGUAUCCGCUCCUGCCGCAUGAUCCCCAUGAUGAGGGGGUCCCACAGAAUGCGCAUGUAUGAAAGGAUGGAGUUUGGGGGCCAGAUGAUGGAGCUGAUGGACGACUGCACCAACUUCAUGGACCGCUUCCACAUGUCCGACAUCCAGUCCUGUAAUGUGAUGGAAGGCCACUGGCUGUUCUAUGACCAGCCCCACUACAGAGGUCGGAUGUACUACAUGAGGCCCGGAGAGUACCGGAGGUACAGUGACUGGGGCGGCAUGAGUUCCAGGAUCGGGUCCAUCAGGCGCAUCAUGGAUUACUGAAUGCAACUCCUUUGCUCUCCUCACUCAGGGAAUUCUCAAGACUUGCCUUUCAGUUGACUUGAAUUUAAAUCACACUACAAGCCCAUUUCUCUGAAAUUUUAUGUGAAACACGUUGACCAGUUAUGUGGAAACAUGUUGACCAGGUAGAAUAUUGCAAUAAACAAGAUGUGGGUAAAAAAAA